AUGGAUGAAAAAAAAAAAAAUUUUUAUAAUUAUGUUGAUAAUAUGCAUAAAAAAAAUGAAGAAAUACACAAGGAAAUGCAAAUUAAAGAAAAAUUAAAAAAUGAAGAGCAAAAAAAAAUUCAAGAAUCAGAAGAAAUUAUAAAAAAAAAUGAUAUUUAUAUUUCAAAUAUUGAUAAUAUAAAUAAAAAUAAAGAAUUAAGUUAUGAAAAUUUAAAAAGAGAAAUAUCUAUACAAAAAAGCAAAUUAAAAAAUUUAAAAUCUUUGUUAAAUGAAUUUCCUGAUGCUAUUGAUAAGGAAGAUGAGAAAUAUGAUGAGUUUAAAAAAAAAUCAUAUAGAGAAAUAAAUGAAUUAAUGAAUACAUUAGAAUCAUCGAAUGGUUCUAGAAACACUGAUGAAAUAUGGGAAAAAAUAAAAGAAAGCCAUAAAUGUACCGAAAAAUUAAAUAAUGCUAUUCAGGAAACAUAUAGUGAAUUAGCUAUGCUAAAUGAGAAAUAUAAUAAUUCAAAAGAUGAAUUUCGAGAUCUUGUUGAAUUAGAGAAGAAUAAGAAAAAAAAGUUAAAAAAAAUAUCAGUAACACUACAGUUCAUUCAAAAUUUAAAACAAGGAGUAAACGAAAAAACAAAUAAUGAAAGCGAUUUAAAGAAAAAAUUAGAAGAAAUAAAUGAUUUAUAUAAAUAA